AUGCAAUCACUUGAUUUAAAUGUGUCCAAUAAUAAUUUAUUAACAACGCCAACAUCUUUGCCAUUUCCAAGCGCUACUGCAAUGGCUACUGCAAUGGAUAAUAUAGCCAACAACCCGGGCAGUACGACGCCACCGGACUUUGAUUUUAAUAUACCAUGUCGCUAUUUCAAGAGCUCAUUUGCCCGCUCACUCUCACUUAAUAAUCCAAGUCAUCAUUUCCAAUGCAAAUCCUUAGAUUACGAUAUCAAUAAUAUGCGCAACUACAACAACAACAACAACAAUAACAACAACGCCAAUGGCAUUGGCAACAAUUUCCAUAAUUGUCGGAAUGAUAGUGUCAAAAAUAUGGAUGCUCCACCAUUGCCACAACGUAUGAGCCGUGCCGGCACACCACCAACUACAGCAACAAAACCAACAACAACACAAAUAACAACUGCCGCGAUGUCAAUUAGUGGCAACAUUAACAUCAGCAUUAAUGCCAAGAAUGAGGUCAGCUCAUCUGACGAGAGUUGCUGCAGCAACAACAACCUGCCGCCAGCAUUGCCAGCCAGACGUCCUAUGCCGGCAACGAAUUCCAAUAUCAAUAACAGCAACAAUAACAACAACAGCAGUUGCAGCAGUAAUGGCAGCAUUGGUGAAUUGCAACCGCAACAUAAACAGCAACAAUUGCCGUUGCUGACACAGUUAAAGCAACAGCAGCAAAAUAAAAACAACAACAACAAUAGCAAUGGCAUUGCCAAUGCCAAUGGCAUCGGGAAUAGUUAUGCUAAUGACAGUGAUUGUGGUAGUGGCAGUGGCAGUGGCAGUAGCAGUGGCUGUGCUAACAUUAACAGCAAUGGCAAUAAUGCCAAUAGUGGUGGAAAUGUAAGCUCAGUUAUUCAUGGGAAUUUUAAUAAACUCACCAUAAAUCAUGCAUUACAACAACAACAACAUAAAGAGCACAGCAUUGACCACAACAUCAGAAGGAACGUCUGGCCUAAAGAUAAUGUGGAACAGUGCAUACCGAACGAUCGAUACAAUCAUAAAAUAGUUGCCAACAGUUUAGCUUUAGUUGAAGCAAGCAAUAACUCAGUUGCUGCUGCUGCUGCUCUUGCUGGUGCCUUUCCUGUUGUUGCUACCGCUGCCGCUGCCACAUGA